CCCAUCUUGUUCUUCUGAAUCUCUUUGAACGUAGUUUGGCAAAUAGAAAGGCAAGGCAAACCGAAAAUGGAUGCUCCCACCAUCAAGCUUGAGUCCUCGGAUGGGAUGAUCUUUUCAACGGAAGUCCGAGCCGCCAAGCUCUCCGAAACCAUCAAGACCAUGUUGGAGGUCUCUGCCGUGGAGAACGACGAGAAUGCCAUUGUGCCGCUGCCCAAGGUGAACGCGUUCAUCCUAUCCAAGAUUCUGACCUGGAUCUAUCACCACAAGGACGAUGAUGCCCAUGGAGCGGAGGGCGUGGAGUUGAGCCCGCAAAGCCCACAUGACAUCUCAGCCUGGGACGCCAACUUUAUUAACGUCGAUCAACCCACCUUGUUCGAAAUCAUACUGGCCGCCAACUAUCUGGAGAUCAAGGGCCUAGUGGAUCUCUGUUGCAAGACGGUGGCCAAUAUGAUUAGGGGAAAGACUCCCGAGGAGAUCCGCCACACGUUCAACAUCCCGGACGAAAUACCGAGCAGGACGGCCCAGUUGGGCGAAGACCUGUGAGGCACAGUCUCUUUCGGAGCAAAUCCGGUUGGGACACCUGGAACCUUCCUUUGUUGAGAACUUAUUUGUUUCACCAGAAUAAAUAU